AUGUCGGAGAAAAGCCUUCUCCCAGGGAGCGUGCCUCCAGAUCCUCCAACAUACGAAGUAGCUACAGCCGUGCGACCAGCCCCUUCUCAACCUCGGCCUCCAUUCCCCCUCUCUCUUCCAAUCCUCCAACAACUCCGGUCAAAACGGGUGAUAUUGGCAUCGCAAUCGCCGCGCCGGAAACAAAUAAUGUCCUACCUCGGUCUUCCAGACCUGGAAAUCAUCCCCAGCACCGAACCUGAAGAUCUCCCCAAGUCACUGGGCCCAUUCGAAUAUGUGCUUGCGACAGCGACGAAAAAGGCACAGACGAUCUAUAGGCAGGAGGUUGACAACGAGGCCAAGGGCGAGCCAGGUCUGAUACUCGCCGCUGACACCAUUGUUGUCGACCCCAUAAAUGGCGCUAUUCUCGAAAAGCCAAGAUCAGAGGCCCAUCAUGUCGCCAUGCUGAAAGACCUGCGCACCGCGGGGAGUCAUAUAGUUUAUACCGCUAUUGUGGCCAUGGUUCCAUUGGCGAGUGCCCGUAUGCCCGGUUAUGCGAUUGAAUCGCAUGUCGAAGAGACGACUGUGCAAUUCGAUCCGGACGUUACAGAUGAGUUGAUUUUAGCGUAUGUGAAGACGAGAGAGGGCGCCGAUAAGGCAGGUGGCUAUGGUCUGCAAGGGCUAGGGUCUAUAUUGGUGAACAAAAUUAACGGCAGCUAUGAUAAUGUCAUUGGCUUGCCCUUGAAGGCAACUCUUCAGCUGAUACAAAAGGUGGUGGUGAAGGCCGAUGAUGACGAUUAUUUGCCUGAGGAAGGAUCAGAUGAAGAUCAGGAGGAUUAG